AUGAUGUCUACUAUUCAUCAUCUAUCUAUCUAUCUAUCUAUCUAUCUAUCUCCUGAUCUAUAUAUCUAUCCCAAUCUUCUAUUCAUAUCUCUAUCUAUCUAUCUAUCUAUCAUCUAUCUAUUAAUCAUCUAUCUAUCUAUCCCAGUCUGUUCAUAUCAUCUAUCCCAUCUGUUCAUAUCUAUCUAUCUAUCUAUCUAUCUAUCUAUCUAUCUAUCUAUCUAUCCCAUCUAUCGCAGUCAGUUCAUCCCAUCUGUUCAUAUCUAUCUAUCUAUCUAUCUAUCUGUCUGUCUGUCUGUCUGUCUGUCUAUCAAUGGGCCAAAUACUACUGGUUUUUUUCUUUUUAUCUCUCUGUCUCUAUCUAUCUAUCUCUUACUCUCUAUCUGUCUCACUCUCUCUCUCUCAGACUCUCUCUCUCUUUCUCUCACUCUCUCUCUCUCUCAAAGCGAAAGGAGAUAUACUCACUGCGUAAAGAAACACGGCUUACAAAUAGUCUUCUUCUUCUUCUUCUUCUUCUUCUUCUUCUUCUUCUCUUCCUCUUCUUCUUCUUUAUUCUUUUCCUUUCUUAACUUUCCUUCUCCUCCUCCUCCUCCCCCUCUUCUUCUUCUUCUUCUUCUUUUUUAUUCUUUUCCUUUCUUAACUUUCCUUCUCCUCCUCACCCCCUCUUCUUCUUCUUCUUCUUCUUCUUCUUCUUCUUCUUCUUCUUCUUCUUCUUCUUCUUCUAUUCUCCCUAUUCUUAAUCUUCUCAUUCUCUUUCAUUUUCACUCUCUUGUUUUCUUUCCUACUUUCUUUCUUUCUUUUUUUUCUUUCUUUUUUCCUUUCUUUCUUCCUUUUUUUCAUAGUUUUCUUUUUUGCUUUCUUUCCCUCUCUGUUUCCGAUAUAAGUAUUUCCUUCUACAUAUUCCUUCAUUCAUUCUUUCUUUCAUUUUAUCUUUCACUUUUUCUUUUUAUAUCUGUUAGCAUUUUCUUUCUCUUGUCUUUUUCUUUUUUGUUUUCUUUAUUUUUCUCUCUUUCUCUGGAUUCCAAAUCUUUCUUUCUUUUCAUCUCUCUUUUAUCGCUACUUUCGUUUUACAUUAAUUCGAAUCUCUCUUCUGAAUUUAUUACCUGUCUUCAAAGUCCGUGUUCUUUCUCCAUUUUUUCAUUCUCUUUCUUUGUGAAAAAUUCUUUCUUUACAUUCUUCUAUUGA